AGGAGGCACCCUCUCAUAAAUGCUUUCUCCCUCAGACGUCGCACAUAAACAAACUGCGUUACAACUUAACAUUCGCAACAUCACAGACGCGACACAGGCUGCUCCUCGUACGGGGAGCUGUUAUUCCGCACGAUACCUUAGACGAGUAGGAAGCCAGCAAGAGGAAAAAGAAAACUUUUUUGCGGCCGUUUCUUGUUGCUUGCCAAUAUUAUUUUAUUAUUUUAUUUUUUUGAGAUUUCUCGAUACAAACAGGAUAUUUUUAUACUAAGUUGAUAUCACAUGUAAAGACGGAACCGCCACAGCAAACCAAGCCCGGUUCGGAAGAGCGCGCGACGCCGAGCUCCGAGCACCAGCGACUAGACACCUCUCGUCUGACGUCUCACGUGCUGCCUCAUCCCGGCCGGAACCACGCCACCCCUCCACCUCGGACCCCCAUCACCAUUCAGCGCGACGCUCUCUCACCAGAUCUAUGGCAUUCUGACAAUGAACAAGCGCGCUCAGUUAUUGGAACAGCUGCAGUUUGUCCAGUUGAAAUGCACACCUCGAGACAUGCCCUGUGUGCAGGCCCAGUACGGGCCGGUGCCCACCGGCUCAGCCUACUCUGGCCAGACGUUCGGCUACCAGGGCGACAGCUACGGCUCUGACCUUAUGACUCCCGACUACACCAAGCUGGACCUGGGCGGAGGGGGGAUCUCCGCAGCAGCCGCCACCACCUCCCUGCCCAGCUUCAACGUCUUUGUGGAGGGCAGCUACGAGCCCAAAUCGUCCUGCCUCUACCAGAUGCCCGUGCACCGGCCCACCAUCAAGAAGGAGGAGGAGAGCUACCCCACCGCCCCGCCACUGGAGGCCAUGUCCUCCUCCUCCAUGUACUUCAAACAGUCGCCCCCCUCCACCCCUACCACGCCCUCCCUGCCUCACCAGCAAGGCUCCUCCUUCCUGUGGGACGACAGCCCCCACUCGCUGGCCCCGCCGUCCCACUCCCACGCCAUGGGCUCCAGCCUAGACUCGGCCAAUAUCAAAUCCCCCCGCUUCCCCCACUACUACCAGCACUCGCCGCCCCACAGCGGCGGCGGCUACGAGAACCUUGGUGGAGUGGGGCUAGUCCGCACUUCGUCCUCCUCGUCCUCCUCGUCCUCCUCGGUGCCCCACUCCCACGGGCCGGCUCUGGAGCAGCACAUGUACCAGCUGCACCGCGGCGGCGGCGGCGGGGGCGGCCUGGCCUUCCGCUCCCUGGCCCUGGGGCCCUGUGCUCCCCUGCUUGGGGACAGCCUGCCCUCGCCCCCCUCUCGGGGCCCGACAGGGGAGGGCACCUGCGCAGUGUGCGGAGACAACGCCGCCUGCCAGCACUACGGCGUGCGCACCUGCGAGGGCUGCAAGGGCUUCUUCAAGCGAACAGUCCAGAAAAAUGCCAAGUAUGUCUGUCUGGCCAGUAAGAACUGUCCGGUGGACAAGAGGAGACGCAACCGCUGCCAGUAUUGUCGCUUCCAGAAGUGCCUGAGCGUUGGCAUGGUCAAGGAAGUGGUACGCACAGACAGCCUGAAGGGUCGUCGAGGCCGCCUGCCUUCCAAACCAAAGAGCCCCCUGCAGUCGGAAGCCUCUCCCCCCUCCCCGCCCCUCAGUCUGCUCUCCGCCCUGCUGCGGGCCUACUCCCACUGCACGCCCCGGGACCUGGACUACAGCCAGUUCAGCGCGGCGGACCCCCCCACGUCCUCCUCCGACGCCCAGCAGAUCCAGCUCUUCUAUAGGCUGCUCACCAUCUCCAUGGAAACCACGCGGUGCUGGGCCGAGCGGCUGCCCGGGUUCUCCGAGCUCCACCGCGAAGACCAGAACUUGCUCAUAGACUCUGCCUUCCUGGAGCUCUUCGUCUUGCGGUUGGCUUACAGGUCAAUGCUGUCAGAAGACAAGCUGGUGUUCUGCAAUGGAUUGGUGCUGCACAGGUUCCAGUGCCUUCGUGGCUUCGGAGAGUGGCUGGACUCCAUCAGGGACUUCUCCUCCCACCUGCAGAACCUAAACCUGGACGCCUCCGCCUUCUCCUGCCUCGCCACCCUGGUGCUGCUCACAGAGCAAGUCCCCGGUCUGAAGGAGCCCAAGAGGGUGGAGGAGCUACAGAAUAAAGUGAUCUGUUGUCUAAGGGACCACCUGGGUUUCGGCUCUUCCUCCUCCUCCUCCUCCUCCUCCUCCUCCAAGGCGGCCCCUGCGCUGAACCGUGUCCUGGGCCUGAGGACGGAGCUGCGGUCACAGAGGACCCAGGGCCUCCAGAGGAUCUUCUACCUGAAGCUGGAGGACCUGGUGCCCCCGCCGCCUCUCGUCGACAAGUUCCUGGACACGCUGCCGUACUGAUGCGGACUGCGCUUGCGCCCCCCAUGGCGUGCCCACAGUCCCUGUUUAAGCUCCAGCAGCCCCCCUCCAGCCGUCCCCCGCCACCCAGGAGCACGCUACCCACACGUCCCCAAAGAGAGAAACAGAACCACGACUCACGCGCUCACUCCCCCUCCGCUUAUAUGCAGAGCAGAGAGUGAGCCGAUGAAAAAAAAAACGUUCUCACCCAAAAAGGCACUCGAGGGAACUCUCAGUAGGCUGCUUUCUGCGCGGUGUCUGAGGCGAUUCAUACAACGCCUUACCACUUGUUUAUCUCCCCCACUCUGUUUCAAACCCUCCUGUGUGGACUGCGAGGACGGAUGGGGGGGUUGGCUGGGAUAAUAGGACAUUCUAUGCCCCCUCCCCCCCCUUCUCUUCAUGUGGGUCGCUGCUCCACUGAAUUUAGGACCACUGAUCAGAGUGUUCCCGCCUAGCGUGCCCAGGCUACAGCUCCUUCUGGAGGGACGCUUGUCACUUUGACAAAUAGCUAAGGCUGAGUAAGUGUAAGAAUGUUGUUAUUGUUUUGUUUUUUAUCUGCCCGUGUCCCAGGGACAGUGUGACUUGUGUUCCUCCUUUGAAAAAGUGAGGUUACUGCAAUUCAUCAUCCGAUGCUCUACGGUGAAAGUAACGUGUUGAGUCAGAGGACUCAGAUAACUCACACGAAACACGCACACACGCACGCACACGCACAUGCACACACACACACACACACACACACACACACACACACACACACACACACACACACACACACACACACACACACACACACACACACACACAGGUGGCUGUCAAAUUUGGCUCUUAUAUCUAAGUGCAAUUUCUAAGUGCUAUGUUAUUGAGUAAAAAAGAAAAUAUAAUGAUCCAGAUGGAAAAAGAAUGAUUCUUUUCAUAUAUUUCAACUCUAAAUUAUUUUAAUACUAAGACUUGUUGGGUACUGUCUGAAACUGUCAGAGAGUGAGUCUCUGAUUGAGUACAGGACACGCACUAACCACUGACGACUCAGUCAACCUGACCUGAACUUGCUGUAGUGAUGUUAGUUUGUUUGUUUUAGUUAAAACUUUGAUUUUAGUUUGUAACGACUCAUUUGAGAACGACAAGUGGAGAAAAUGAACAUCAUUUUAUUUGGGCAGAAUUUUUGGCUUGAAAAGCACUUACACCCCAAUUAGGUCUAUGAGCGCCC